AUGUCAGAAAUGGCUUUCAAGAGAUACAUCGAGAUAGGGCGAGUAGCCCUCGUAAUCUUCGGAAAGGACUACGGGAAACUCGUCGAUGUCGUCGACCAAAACAGGGCUCUUGUGGAUGCUCCUGACAUGGAGAGAAUCCAGACGAAUUUGAAGAGGCUUUCUCUUACUGAUAUCGUCAUUGAUAUCAACAGAGUUCCUAAGAAGAAGAUUCUCAUUGAGGCUAUGGAGAAAGCUGAUGUGAAGAACAAGUGGGAGAAGAGUUCAUGGGGAAGGAAGCUGAUUGUGCAGAAGAGAAGAGCUGCCCUCAAUGACUUUGAUAGGUUCCAGAUCAUGUUGGCCAAAAUCAAGAGGGCCGGUGUGGUGAGGCAGGAGCUUGCAAAGCUCAAGAAAGAAACCACCGCUUGAUGGGUUUUUUGAGAUGAUCCUACGCCUUGAUAUUUAUCUUUUGUACAAGUUUGAAGAAUUUUGCAAAUGAUAGUUCAGAACUUGAAACCUUUUUUGCUGGUUUAGACAUUUAUCGACCUCUUGUUGUAUCUGAACUAACCCAAACUGAGUAGUAUUACAUUAAAAAAAGCUAUAAAUUUAUGGGAAGUUUACUCAAACAUUACA